UAACUGAGUACAUUAGAUUGAAAUGUUAAUUUAUUAUAGCGAUUUGAACACCAAAUACGUCUAAGAACAAACACACACAAGUGCAUAACAUUCUCUCUCACCAGAAAGUCAUGGCAGAGCUCGGCAUUAAAGCAGGAGACAAGGUGCUGCUGGUUUGGGCCCAGCCCUCAGCACCAGCAGCCCUGAAGCAGUACGCAGAGGAACUGGGUGCCACUGUGGGUGCCGGCUGCCAAGUGUCAGUGGAGAACAUGGAGAGAUUAUUGCUGUCCUCCCACUCGGUGUCCACCUUUGACUGGGUGCUUUCUUGCCUCCUGGCUGACAGCUCCUCCAUCCACAGUUCAGAGACUCUGGCUGAAAUGGCCCGAGUGCUCAAACCUGGUGGGAAACUUGUUCUGGACGAGGCAGUCACAGGAGCUGAGGCGCAAAGUGUGAGGACUGCUGAAAAGCUGGUGUCAGCUCUGAAGUUGUCAGGGUUCAUGUCAGUGACGGAGGUCAGUCAAGCAGAACUGAGUCCUGAGGCGUUGAGCUCCUUCAGGAUGGCCUCUGGUUACCAAGGAAACAUGCUGUCCAGAGUCCGCAUAUGUGCCUCCAAACCCAGCUUUGAGGUGGGGUCAUCCAGCCAGAUUAAACUGUCGUUCGGGAAAAAGCCAGUCAUAGAGAAACCAGCUCUGGAUCCCAACGCUGUCAAAAUGUGGACACUGUCAGCCAAUGACAUGGAUGAUGAUGAUGUGGACCUGGUGGACUCCGACGCUCUGCUGGAUGAGGAAGACUUGAAGAAACCAGACCCAGCUUCUCUUAAAGCACCCACGUGUGGAGAUGGAGCCGCCAAGAAGAAAGCCUGCAAGAACUGCACAUGUGGCCUUGCUGAGGAGCUGGAGCAGGAGAGUAUAGGAAAACAGAAGACUAAUCUACCAAAAUCGGCCUGUGGAAGUUGUUACCUCGGGGACGCGUUCCGAUGUGCCAGCUGCCCGUACAUGGGGAUGCCAGCGUUCAAACCGGGGGAGAAGAUUGUGCUGGACAAGAAAACGCUGACAGACGCUUGAAACACUGGAUCUCAGACAUGCUACAAAAUAUUACAUUCCUUUUAUUUUCCCCAGCUGCCCCGGAGACACGAUUCCCUCUGCAAAAAAACAAGUCGAAAGUUUCUUUAUUUCAGUGGACGUCAUAGCAGUUUGUCUGCUCAGUGAGACGGCUUCUGCUUUGAUGCUUGUUUUCAAAGUGUGUCUGAAAUUACAGUCUGGUCACCUCCGUGAUUCACCAGUGACGUUUGUGAUGCACUCAUUCCAAGUUAACGGCGUUUCUUCAUAUGAAAAUUUGGUUAGAAAUGAGCAAGAGUGAGUUUUGAAUGACCUUUGGGGAGUGCACAGUCAUCGCCGUUUGACUCAUGCUGUUGUUAAUUAUCAAAAUUAUGAUGAGCUACCAUGGGGGGUGUUAGUACAAAAAGCACUAAUAUGCUGUUGUUCUUAUCCGUCGACAUUCUAUUUGCAUCUGACAGACUCGCAUCAUAAAGUAAAAUCUACGUAACUGUCCAUUUCAUGAUUAUUUAUGUAUGUUAAGGUUUGGCAAUACCACAUGUUGCUUUGUGUUUCAUUUCAAUAGAAUAAACUAAAGCCAGA